GGACGCCGGCGAGUCGGCGGGCGUGCUGCUGCGCAUGGCCACGCGCCUGCAGGUGGCGCCCGCCCUGCUCGCCAAGUUCAUCCUCAACUGCUACGCCAACGACACGGACGCGGCGUACCGGCGCAUGUCGGACCGCGGCAAGCGGCAGCGACUGGCGCAGCUGGUGCGCGAGCCGGGCCUGCUGGCCGAGCCGCGCGUGGCCGCCGAGCUGCGGCUGUGUGUGCUGCGCGACAACGGCUACGGCCCGCUGGCCGAGCUCGUCAAGCACACGGUCGGUCUGGAGUACGAGAUGCGACUGAAGAAGAAGCUCAUCUCUCUGAAGAUCCCGUUUCUUGACGAAGACGACCUUCGGCGCCGGGGCCACGACAAGACCCCCGACGUGCUGCUGGACGUGCCGAUCGCGGUGUCGGGAUGCAUAGUGAACUGGAUCGAAAGCAAGGCCUCGUUCGGUGACGACGAGACCCACGAGGCCUACAUGCGGGACCAGUACGAGAAGUACUGGAGCAGGUUCGGACCGGGCAUGGUGAUCUACUGGUUCGGGUUCAUCGGCGACCUGCUGCCGGCCGCGUCGGCGCGCCACGUGCUGCUGCAGCACCGCUUCCCCGAGGAGCAGGUGCAGUUCAUGGCGCCUGAGCUGUCCGUGGCGCCACUGGACGCCGCCGACGGAGACCUGCCGCUUGGACCGCUCUUCGACGAGGAGAGCGACAGUGAAGAGGAGCGGCCGCUGCCCGAGGAGAACAGCGAGGAGGAGGUCUCGGUGUGACGCGUGUGUUGGUGCGGGGAGAGAAGGCCUAGUGACCCAGCGCGGCCAGGAGAGCCGCUACAACAGUGCUGUCUGGUGAUGCGGAGCGGCUGGCGGUGUCUACCGCGUGGACGGCGGCGCGUGCGUUGACGGUGCGACUGUGCGGCGAGAUCUGAGUUGCGGGCGGCAACGUGAGGUGUCAAAGGGAGAUGCGCGACCAUCCUUUGCCACGGGGUGUGAGGGAUGCUGGCCUAUGUUCGGUCUGCAGAGUGAGAGCCACAACGGAGGUGGCAACUGUGGAUGUUCCCGGAGCAUUCUGUGAAGGUAACAGGAAGCUGUGAGCGUAACCAAGUGUCGUGUAAUUGCGAACACAUCUGUAUGUUCGUGUCCUUGAAGCUUGUCUCGGGAAAUUAGACAGAGUUCACGACUUAUUUGUAGCUCUUUUUGUCAUGGAUUUUCGUAGUGGAUGCUCAUCGCCGAACCGGGCGGUCAAAAGGGCGCGGAUGGGGUGGGUCAAGUCAUUUAUGGCGCUCCCAUAUUCGUGGGACGUCAACCGUGGUUGUGAAGCAAGCGACAACUGAGUGUUGGCUGUGCUUCAUGCCAGCUGAACCGACAUGGCCUGAUACACAGUCAUGUAGGACCCUGGCUAAACACAGCCUCAACGGAUCAACUUAUAACUCUGGUGCAUCAGCUGACAAUGCUCGUGGAAAAAUAAUGAGUAUGACAUGUCAGCGAGCAUCGUGCUUGCAGUCGUUGACGUCUCCGUGAAUGGCUGUGGGGGACGGUAACGGAGUCGGCCCAUUGUCAACGCUACUUGACCCGCCGUGUGAGAUAGCUGUACUUUUGUUGAGUUGAAAAUAGAUAGCCCACGCUAUUUAAGUUAGCUAAAGCAGUCCAAAGACUGACCAGAGCCUGAGGGCUUCGACACAUUUGUGAGUAUUUGUACUUUUUGUAAAACUUGAGUGUGAAAGACACGAUGACCCACUAGGAGGCAGAAUAGAUGGUCAUGCACUGAGACAUUGAUUGCUGUUU